CUAGCUGGGCGGAGCCGCGCUGCUCUCCGGCCCUGGGCCAGGCGGCCGCGCUGAGUCCUGUGCGCUCCUGCGAGGUCAGUCUUCCUCCCGCCGAACCGGGCGCGCGCGGCCGCGAUGAGCUGGGAGUUGCUACUGUGGCUGCUGGCGCUGUGCGCGCUCGUCGCGCUCGUGGUGCAGCUGCUGCGCUUCCUGCGGGCCGAUGGCGACCUGACUCUGCUGUGGGCCGAGUGGCAGGGGCGACGCCCAGAAUGGGAGCUGACCGACAUGGUGAUAUGGGUGACUGGAGCGUCGAGUGGGAUUGGUGAGGAGCUGGCUUACCAGCUGUCUAAACUGGGAGUGUCCCUUGUGCUGUCCGCCAGAAGAGUGCAGGAGCUGGAAAGGGUGAAGAGAAAGUGCCUUGAGAAUGGCAAUUUAAAAGAAAAAGAUAUACUCAUUUUGCCACUUGACCUGACUGACAGAAGUUCCCAUGAAGCGGCCACCAAAAUGGUUCUCCAGGAGUUUGGUAAAAUCGACAUUCUGGUCAACAAUGCUGGAAGAUCCCAGCGUUCUUUGGGUGUGGACACCAGCCUGGAUGUCUUCAAAGAGCUAAUAGAACUUAACUACUUAGGGACAGUGUCCUUGACAUUGUGUGUUCUGCCUCACAUGAUCGAGAGGAAGCAAGGAAAGAUUGUUACCGUGAAUAGCCUCCUGGGUAUCGUAUCUGCACCCCUUUCUACUGGAUACUGUGCCAGCAAACAUGCUCUGCGGGGUUUUUUUAACUGCCUCCGAGCUGAACUUGCUACAUACCCAGGUAUAGUUGUAUCUAACAUUUGUCCAGGACCUGUGCAAUCAAAUAUUGUGAAGAAUUCCCUAGUUGGAGAUGUCCAAAAGACUGAAGGCCUUGAUACUGACCAGUCCCACAAGAUGGCGACCAGUCGUUGUGUGCGGCUGAUGUUAAUCAGCAUGGCCAAUGACUUGAAAGAAGUUUGGAUCACGGAUCAGCCUUUUUUAUUAAUAACAUAUUUGUGGCAAUAUAUGCCUACCUGGGCCUGGUGGCUAACCAACAAAUUAGGGAAGAAAAGGAUUGAGAACUUUAAGAAUGGUUUGGAUGCAGAUAUCUCUUACUUUAAAGCCUGGAAGACAAAACAUGACUGAAGGAGGAGUACUUGUAUUUUUUAAGCCACCGGAGGUAGAAUUGAAAAACAGCAAUCUUCUUAUACACUGAAGACUAACUUACGAUUUUACUUUCAGUAGAUACAACUUUUCUUUCAUGUAAUAAUUAAUAAACUAUUACCAUGAAUCUUGCAAUAAAGAUAUUAACACAUACUGCAUUCUUGGAUAAAAAAA